GUUUUCUUAAACUAUAAAUACUUAUAAAGAUAUUUCAAAGUAGAUUUAUGAAACUAAUCAUGUGCUUUUAAAAAAAAAAAAAAGACACGGGUUAAAAUAAAACUUAAACUACUACGAAAUGGUUUUACCAAACUGGUUAUUCUAUUUUAUUUUAUUUUAUUUUUAUAAGUAAUAUAUGAACGUAUGUUACUUCACAAAAUAUAUAAAUUUAAUAUAUAAAUAUCAUGCAUAUUAAAUUUUAAAUAAUUAUUCUACUAAACUAAAGUAUUAUAACUUCAUUCAAAAUUAAGAUCAUACAUUAUAAUAUUGAUUAAGCCUAAAAUAACUAUUAUAUUUCUAAAAUGUGAGAUCAUUUAUGAUACAUGUCAUUUCCUAAAUAUUUCUAAAAUUUUGCAUUCUCCUAAUUAUUUAAUUCUAAUAGUUUCAUUAUAAAUUAAAUAACUUUCUUUAUUUAUUAUAUAAAAUUUAUUAUUCUAAUACAUACUAUUUUUAGAUAACGAAGUUUAUCACAUACUAAAUAAUAGCUUAUGUAACUUAAAUACAUUCAGAAAUUUAUCUUACUGAAAAAUAACAUUAUUGGGAUAAUCACAAAUUAUGCUUGCUUUUUUUUAAACCUUGAAAAUUCUAAUUCUACUUUUUUUUCUUUUAACUCGAUAAACAAAUAAAGAGAUUUAUCUUUCACUCUCUUGAAUUUAUAUUUUAUAAAAUUAUUGGUUUGAAAUAAUAACAUAAUUAUAAAAGUAUUUGUUGAGUGUACGUAUUGGUUUGAAAUAAAUUUGGAUCAGAUUCGGUUUGGAACUUUGGAUCCGGAUAAUUUAGGUAGACUCGACUCCUUUGAAAACGAUACUUUUUCUAAAAAACUGCUAUAUCUUAUUUCCCACCAAGCGUACCAACUCCAGUUUUUAAUUAGGUCUGCGCCUCGAGGUAUCUCAAGUCUCGUUGUUGACUUAAAGCUCCUCACAUGUCUUGUCUUUGCUCCUGACUCUUUUUGCUCUCUCAUCUCUCUCUCUAUCGCCGUAGACUAUGGCCACCGUCACCGAUACGCCAAUCCGAAUUGGAGUAAUGGGAUGCGCAGUAAUCGCUAGAACAGUCUCCCGUGCCAUCGACCUCGCUCCAAACGCCACUAUCGCAGCCGUUGCAAGCCGCUCUUUAGAGAAAGCCAAAACGUUUGCUACCGCCAAUGGCUACCAGCAAUCUGUGAAGAUCCACGGUUCCUACGAGUCGAUUCUUGAAGAUCCAGAUGUUGAUGCUCUUUACAUUCCUCUUCCAACUAGCCUCCAUGUCGAGUGGGCUAUACGUGCUGCCCAGAGUGGAAAGCACAUCCUUCUGGAGAAGCCAGUGGCUAUGAACGUAUCAGAGUUCGAUAAGAUUGUCGCGGCUUGUGAAAAGAACGGUGUUCAGAUUAUGGAUGGUACCAUGUGGGCUCAUCAUCCUAGAACGGCUAAGCUUAAGGAGUUCCUCUUCGAUUCAGACCGUUUUGGUCAGCUCAAAAACAUAAAUAGUUGCUUCUCAUUAGCUGUGGAUGAAGAUUUUCUUAAAAACAACAUCCGUGUGAAACCGAAUCUUGAUGGUCUCGGUGCGCUCGGAGACCUCGGAUGGUACGCAAUCCGAGCAGCGCUUUUCGCCAACAACUUCGAGCUUCCCAAAAUCGUCGCAGCCUCACCAGGGACUGUUCUGAACGAGUCAGGAGUGAUUCUCUCGUGCGGAGCGUCUCUGAGCUGGGAAGACGGACGAACCGCAAGCAUAUACUGCUCUUUUUUGGCAAACGUAGGGAUGGAGAUAACUGCCGUUGGAACAAACGGCACACUUUGUGUUCAAGACUUUGUUAUCCCAUUUGAGGAGACCCAAGCGACGUUCACCACUUGUUUGAAAUCUGGGUUCAAUGAUCCAUGGGUUAGUCGCCCGACCGAACACUCGGUUAAGACAGAGAUCCCGCAAGAGGCGUGCAUGGUGAGAGAAUUUGCUAGGUUGGUUGGAGAGAUCAAGAACAAAGGUGCAAAGGCUGACGGGUUUUGGCCAAACAUUAGCCGGAAGACGCAGCUGGUGGUUGAUGCUAUCAAAGAGUCUGUUGAUAAAAACUGUCAACAGAUUAGUCUCUCUGGUCGUUGAAGAAAAAAAAGGCUCAAAUUAUAUUUUCUUGUUUCCAAAAACUUUGUUCAUUCCAUGGUGGCUUUUCAGGUUUCUCCAAACUUCUUUGUUUGUUUCGUUUCGUUUCGUUUCGUUUCUUUCUUCGUUUUUUUGAUAAUAAUAAACUCUUGGAGGGGAAAAAAAAAACUAAAUCAUCAAAGUUACAAGCAAGAGAAAAUGGCCAAAGAAAAGUUGUACGAGAAUUAGACGCAACUGCGAGAAGAGAAAUAAUGUUUGUUUUGUGGUUUGGUCUUUCUUGUAUGGUUUUUGCAUAGUAUCCUAUUUUCUAUUAUCUUUCAAAAAAAAUACCAGCCUG